AUUAGCGUCGCUUUAUCAAUACAUGAGCACAAUUACAGUUUACAAUAAAAUAUAAAAGUCAGAAAUGGCGGCAAGCGCUGGAGAAUGGUGUCUGAUGGAAAGUGACCCGGGAGUUUUCACAGAGCUGAUAAAAGGCUUUGCCAGUGAUAGAGAGGCCUCUUGAAGUUUGGCCAUCACUUACACAGUAUAUGGAUGCGGUGAGAAGAAAACAACUCCCAAACCCUGGGACAGCAUCUUUUGACACAGUGGAGGAAGCCAUGAAGGACACUCUCAUCGUGGCCAAGUUACACUUCUCCUUGACUGUUGCCAGGCUUUUCAAUCCCUUUUUGAAGAGGUAUCAAACAGAUGAGCUAGUGAUGCCUUUCCUCAGCAAUGACCUGGCUGAGUUGAUCAAGAGUCUACUGAAACGCUUCAUUAAGAGAGAGGUCCUCCAGGACAUCACCACACUGCAGCUAACCAAACUGGAUGUAGCUGACAAGAAGAACUGGCUCCAACCAAAGGACAUUGACAUCGGCUUGGGUACUGAGUCAGUCCUCAAGAGCAGGAAAGUUGUUGAGUCCUUGAGGUUAGAAGAGACUGCAUGUGGGGACUUUCAAACAUUGUCAGGAAAAUGCAGGAGAGGAGCCCUCUCAAAUAUGCAACAGUUAGGCAGAUGGCGUGUCUGGACACCUAUGUCAUGUUCAGAGACCCAGAGAAGUGCAAGAAGCAGAUGAAAUGUCUUGUUCAGACAUUUCUGCAGGACAAUCAACUGACAGGAGGUGUUUCUGCUGGGGAUGUCAUUCUCCAACAAUUUGAAGCCUUCCUGUCUGCUGAGUGCAGAAGUGAGGAGUUCCUCUCCUUCCCACCUAUGCAAAAGAGGCUUGACAUCUUCUUAAGCAGUUUCCUUAGUAACUACCCGGAGCUUUUUGCUUUUUGCCAGAAGCUUCUGAUUUUGUCUCAUGGACAGGCCACUGUUGAGAGAGGCUUUUCUGUUAAUAAAGAAAUCGAAACCUGCAACAUGCAAGAGGUCAAUUUAGUAGCACAGAGGCUGGUAUGUGACUAUGUCACUCGACACGGGGGUGUUACCAAAGUCCCCCUGACAAAAGAACUCUUGAGUUCGGUGGCUUCAGUCAGGACCAGGUACCGUCUCUACCUUGAGACAGAGAGAAAGAAGAAAGAGUCCCUUGCACAGGGCCAAAAGAGAAAGGUGGCAGAGGAUUACUUGGAGGAACUCAAAAAAAGGAAGAACACUAUACAAACAGUUGCUGCAAGUCUUUCCAGAGAUGCGGACAAUUUGCAGAGGAGGCUGAGGGCAAGGCUGGCAGUCAGACGGCUCAGCUAAUAACCAAGUCAAACGCUCUGAGGAGGGCCAGCAAGGAGAAAUCAGCUGAGCUCAAGAACAUUGAGGAGGAGAUUCUGGCCAAGGGAGAAGAGCUGAGAUUAAUGUAGUGCACACACACACACUCACGCAUCCGCAAACUCACGCCAAGAUGUUUGGUGCAAAGGUGCACAGGUUGAGGAGAUCUGGAGCAUGGAACCAGAGAACUUUGAAAAUCUCAAGCCUGUUCAUGGUCUGAUUUUCCUCUUCAAGUGGCAACCUGGUGAGGAGCCAGCAGGGUCCAUAGUUCAAGACUCAAGGCUGGAAGAAAUUUUCUUUGCCAAGCAGGUCAUCAAUAAUGCCUGCGCGACCCAAGCAAUUGUCAGUGUGUUGUUAAACUGCACACAUUCUGAUAUGCAUCUUGGGGAAACGCUGACAGAAUUUAAAGAGUUUUCACACAGUUUCGAUGCUGCAAUGAAGGGUCUUGCUCUCAGUAACUCUGAAGUGAUUCGACAAGUACACAACAGCUUUGCCAGGCAGCAGAUGUUUGAGUUUGACGCCAAGUCAUCGUCUAAAGAAGAGGAUGCUUUUCACUUUGUGAGCUAUGUUCCAGUUAAUGGCAGACUGUAUGAGUUGGAUGGGCUUCGUGAAGGACCUAUAGAUCUGGGUGCAUGUAACCAGGAUGAUUGGAUCAGUGCUGUACGGCCGGUCAUUGAGAAAAGAAUACAGAAAUACAGUGAGGGAGAGAUUCGUUUCAACUUGAUGGCUAUUGUAUCGGACCGCAAGAUGAUUUAUGAAAAAAAGAUUGUUGAACUUCAGGCCCAGCUUACAGAAGAAGAGCCAAUGGACACAGACCAGAGUGGAAGUCAUCUGAUCUCUAUCCAAUCAGAGAUCGCCAAGUAUCAGCUCCUGAUUGAUGAAGAGAACCAAAAACUUAAAAGAUACAAAAUUGAAAACAUCAGAAGGAAGCACAACUACUUACCCUUUAUUAUGGAGUUACUGAAGACAUUGGCUGAAUAUCAGCAGCUGAUACCUUUGGUUGAAAAGGCAAAGGAAAAACAAUGUGCCAAAAAAGUACAAGAAGCAAAGUAACACCACAUUGUUAGUACCUGUUUAACUUUUGACACGGAGUCACUUGAUGUGCACUUGUCAUCCUGUAUCUCAUCAAAGGAGCAUCUGGAAGUGAAGUCAAGCACGGUGCUCGCUGUCAUUUCAUGCCUGUGUAUGCAUGCAAAGAGAUGUUUAAAAUAAUGUCUUUUCACAUAAAUUUCAUUUGUUCAGUAA